GUGUGUGUGUGUGUGUGUGUGUGUGUGUGUGUGUGUGUGUGUGAGAGUGUGUGUGUGUGUGUGUGUGUGUGAGAGAGUGUGUGUGUGUGUGUGUGUGUGUGUGUGUGUGUGUGUGUGUGUGUGUGUGAGAGUGUGUGUGUGUGUGUGUGUGAGGAGAGCAGUAGGAGUCAGAGCUCGCGCGCUGCAGCAUCAGCAGCACCAUGCAGCAGCAGCGCUGAUCUGAUCUGAGUUCAGUUGUGGGAUCUGCGAGUAAACCCGCGGAGCGGCGGAGAGCGGCUGGGGACCCGGAUGCUGGAGGAUCUCGGGGUGUUUUGGGGUUGGGUUUUCACGCGCUGGUGAUCAGUAGUGAACAGAGCUCAGGAUCCGGUCCGCAGGGAGAGAUGGAUUACUGGACCCGACCGGCUCCGGUUAAACUGGUGCUGCUGGUUUUAACAGUGAUCAGGAGCAGUUACACUCUGUUGGACAGAUCAGCGGAGGAGAGAUUUCCAGCUCGGUUAUUUCCUCAUCACUCCAGUCCAGAAGAAGUUACCUGUGAUUUUGAAUCUGCAUGUUCCUGGAGCGUAUCCAAUCACAGCAGCAGCGGAGACUGGUAUGUCACAUCGCCACAGCAACACCGACCCGGUAGACGAGGCACCCAGCCAAUCACGGAUCACUCUGCUGGAGACUCUAAAGGUCAUUUCCUGGUUCUGAAGCGUGACUCAGGCCUGAGGGCUUCUGGGAGCUGCACGUUCCACAUCACCAGUCCGGUGAUUGUGAGCAGUGGUGCGCUCUGUCAGCUUCACCUGGCGCUGUUCCAGCCGGAGCCGAGGAAGGGAAACCUGUCAGUGUCCCUAAAACUCACAGAGUCCGCCGUCAUCCAAUCACUGACCUUCACCAGCAAGGACCAGGAUGGAGCCAGGACGGGGUGGAAGGUGCUGGAGGCUGCGGUGGGUAAACUGGACGAACCCUUCCAGCUAACGGUUCAGUACUCGUCCUGCAGCGCUGCUGAUGUGGGAAUACUCGCCAUCGACUCACUGCAGCUACAGGACUGUGACUCCGAGAGUGGAGAUCUGGGUCCGGACUGUGAGGAUCAGUCAGGGUUUCAGUGUGAUCUGGGUGGCUGUGUGGAGAAAAGCCGAGUGUGUGAUUUCCAUACUGACUGUCCUCUGGGGGAGGAUGAGGGAUUUAUCUGCGGAACUUUGCCGUUGGGUUCGUACUGUUCCUUUGAGUCGGGGUCUUGUGGAUGGUCGGCGUCUGAUAAACAGUCUUCCUGGAAGCUGAUCAGUGGAGAAGAAUUGUCUGAAAGCUCAGAUCUUCUGGGAACAACACUCCAAAACACACAAGGUCACUUCCUGUUCCUAAAGGUCAGAGGUCAUGCUAAAGACAGCGAGGCGUUUAUUCAGAGCCCUGCUCUUCCUUUAACCGUGUCCCGCAGUGACUGUCAGUUGCACUUCUCUCUGUAUCUGUUCGGGGAUUUUAACGGCACGGUGCUGCUCUCUGUGGAGGAAAACGGGACAAGUGAGACUCCUUUAGUGUGGGAAAGAACCGGACAGAUGAAGGAUAACUGGCAGGACGUCACUCUGCAGAUCAGUGAUCUCCUGAAAGGGUUCCGGCUGAAGGUUCGAGCUCUGUGGGCGGCUGGUUCUAAAGCUGAUAUUGCUCUGGAUGAUAUUUCUUUAAGUGCUACAUGUUUUGAUGCAGAUUUGAAGGCGCUGCUUUUUGAGCAUCAUGAUUUAGACUCCAUGGGGAAGCUGGACUUCAUGAGCCCCCUCUCUGAGCCCUCUGUAUCAGAGGAGUCUCAGAUGUCGUGGUGGUUCACUUCCUGUGGGGCGAGUGGACCACGAGGUCCCACCCAGGCUCAGUGCGACAGCGCCUAUCGUAACACUAACGUGAGCGUGACGGUGGGUAAAGAGGGUCCUCUCCGCGGCGUCCAGAUCUGGAGAGUUCCGGCUACUAACAGAUACAAGAUCUCGGCGUACGGAGCUGCUGGAGGUAAAGGAGCUAAAAAUCACAACAAGCGCUCGCACGGCGUCUUCAUCUCCGCCAUCUUUACUCUGGAGAAAGGAGAUCUGCUCUAUCUGCUUAUUGGUCACCAAGGAGAAGAUGCCUGUCCAGGGAGAAACCCUCUGACCCACAAGAUCUGUCUGGGCGAGUCGUCCGUCAUCGAGGACGGGUUUGUGGGGGACGGUUCGGCUCUGGAAUGGGCCGGGGGCGGCGGCGGCGGCGGGGGAGCUACAUUCAUUUUUCGGAUGGAGAACGGGGAGCCGGUGCCUCUGCUGAUAGCAGCAGGUGGAGGUGGGAAGGCGUACCUGGAGGAACCUGAGACCAGUCUGGAUCAGAUCCCUCUGGAACAGUACGAGAACGACACGCUGACCAACGGAGUCAACGGAAGAUCUGCAACAGCAGGAGGAGGAGGAGGAUGGAGGGACUCUACUGCUCUGGUUUGGGCAGGAAAGUCUCUGGUUGAAGGGGCUGAAGGAGGAUCUUCGUGCCCUCAGGCUUUAUCUAAACUCGGCUGGGCAACGUUCGGAGGAUUUGGGGGAGGAGGAGGAGCCUGUACUGCUGGAGGAGGUGGAGGAGGAUACAGGGGCGGGGACGUGUCUGACAUUGAUGACAUCACAGCGGACGGUCAGAACGGCAUUUCUUUUAUUCAUCCCUCCGGAGAGAUCUUCCUGCAGCCGCUGGCAGCGAUGGAGAGUCACGGGGAGGCGGAGAUAGAGAUUCACCUGAACUGCAGCCACUGUCAGACUCAGAGCUGUAGGAGAGAUGAGGACAGUAAACUCAUCCUCUGUCUGUGUCACGAUGAGGAGGAGCUCGCUGCAGACAACGUCACCUGCAGAGAAGUGGAGCGUCCAGUGGCGGGGGGACACCCGUCUCUCUCUCUGAUUCUGGCGGUGGUGGCGUCCACCGUGGUGACGGGCAUCGUGCUCACCUGUGCCAGCCUCACCCUCAUGUAUUACCGCAAGAAGAACCACCUGCAUGCAGUACGAGUUCGGCUGCAGAGCCCCGAAUACAAGCUGAGCAAGAUCCGCUCCUCCACCAUCAUGACCGACUACAACCCAAACUACUGCUUCGCCGGCAAGGCGGCGUCUCUGAGCGAGCUGAAGGAGGUUCCCCGCAAGAACAUCACUCUGCUCAGGGCUUUGGGACACGGUGCUUUUGGAGAAGUGUAUGAAGGCCAGGUUCUGGGUAUGAAUGGAGAAAACACAGCCAUGCAGGUCGCUAUCAAGACUCUUCCGGAAAUCUGUUCUGAACAAGACGAGAUGGAUUUCCUCAUGGAGGCUCUGAUUAUGAGUAAGUUUAAUCACCAGAAUAUAGUGCGCUGUAUUGGAGUCAGUCUGCAGAUCCUGCCCAGGUUUAUUCUUCUGGAGCUCAUGACUGGAGGAGACCUGAAGAGCUUCCUGAGACAGAACCGCCCCAAAGCUAACCAGUCCUCCUCUCUGACGAUGCUGGAGCUGCUGCACAUGGCCAGAGACAUUGCGUUCGGUUGCCAGUACCUCGAAGAGAAUCACUUCAUUCACAGAGAUAUCGCUGCACGGAACUGCCUGUUAACAUGUCCUGGUCCUGAAAGAGUGGCCAAAAUAGGAGAUUUUGGAAUGGCUCGAGACAUUUACAGGGCCAGUUAUUACAGGAAAGGUGGUCGUGCCAUGCUGCCAGUCAAAUGGAUGCCACCUGAAGCUUUCCUGGAGGGCAUUUUUACCUGCAAGACUGACACCUGGUCGUUCGGGGUACUGCUGUGGGAGAUUUUCUCGUUGGGUUAUAUGCCGUAUCCCUGUAAAACUAACCAAGAGGUUCUGGAGUUUGUGACCAGUGGAGGACGUAUGGAUCCUCCUAAGAGUUGUCCAGGGCCUGUGUAUCGGAUCAUGACGCAGUGUUGGCAGCACUGCCCAGAACAUCGGCCAAACUUCUCCACUAUUCUAGAGAGGAUCAAUUAUUGCACUCAGGACCCGGACGUCAUCAACACGCCUCUCCCAGUGGAGUACGGUCCGGCGGUGGAGGAGGAAGGCAGCACUGUGAUUCGUCCGGAAGGAUCCGGCAGCAUGACGCCUCUCCUGGUGACUCAUUCCGUCUCUCAGGACGCUCCUCUGCAGCCUGGCAUCUCCAACCCGGUCCCUCAGGUCCACAAACCCCGCCUGCUGCUACAGCGACCGACCCAGCCGGCUCAGGAGGUGACCACCUACCGUGAAGCUCUGGAUCCGUGCUGGGCGGAGCUGGUUCCUGCGUCCGGAUCCGGAUCUGGAUCCUGCUCCGGCUCCUGGCUGCAGGUUCCGGAUCACCGGCCGUGUUCGAGAUCCAGCUCUUCCUCGGGCAGCCAGAAACUGAAAAACAAAACCAAGAACCUGUGGAACCCCACCUACGGUUCCUGGGUUCUGGAGAGCUUUGGGCGGGGGAAGACGGCGCUGUCUCACACCCAGUCCAUGCCUCUGUCGUCCUCCACCUCCACCACCUCCUCCAUCUCCUCCACCACCCUGCCUACGUCUACCUCUACCUCAGAGCACAACGACUCUGGAACUGAAGCUAAUACUUCCCCGUGCUCGACCGGAUCUCCUGCACCUUCUCAGACGACCACCAUCAUCGCUAGUUCUCCAGGAUCUUCUGGAAUUACGUCGCGGAAGGGUCCCGCCGGAGCUGCUGGGGGUCCGCUCGCCGCGGUCAUGGAUCUGGCGAAGCUUCAGAGCUUCCCCUGCGGGAAUGUAAAUUACGCGUACGAUGAGCAGAGUUACGAAGCUGAGAGCUUGCCUUUAGUAGUCGCCAGGUCUCCAGAGCCGAGUAUUAGCUUUGGCGCUAACUCUAGCGUUAACUUCAGCGCUAGCGUUAGCACUAGCUACAGCUCUGCAGCUCGUUCUUCACUCGGUCUAGCAGCUCUAGGCCUGGCUUCCUCCUCCGGCAUCCACAAACCGCUAGUCAAACGCCACGCCAGCUACGGACACGAGGACGUCAGGAGACACACCAAGCCUGAGAAACCCACCCGAGACAGAGACUCCGGCUUCUCGCUGUCCGAAGACCUGAGCGUCACCCCCGUGUAGCAUCUUCUCCAAACCUUGCACUGACUGAAGCACCGCACUACACUGAAGAACCACUGAAGAACACCCAGCAGAACCUCAUCUAACCCACUUCAGGUUCCCCCGUGAAUCCAUAGGUAUUGUUUUCCUGUGAUGUUUUUUGUAUACGCUACACUGGAGACUUCCUGAGAUCCUGCUGAAGAACAGACAUACGAUACUGAGCAUCAGCUACUGCAGAGAAGGAGGCUGAUUAACAGGUCCUGUUAUUGUAGAACGAUAAAUAUAUUCCACUGGCUGGUUGCUGUGAGGCUAACCAAUAUAUACACUGGAUUCCCAUGUUUCAUGGUCAUGAUCAAUGUUUAGACAAUGAUCCGCUUCAAGAUUUGGACAAGAAACACAUUAGGAUCCAAAGUGGGAUAUAUUUUUUUAUUUGUUUGGUUUGUUUGCAUUUUUUACAGGUGCAUCUCAUAAAAAAAAAAAUAUCAUUGAAAAGUUUGAAGAAACUUUAUUACAGUAAUUCAGCUGAAAAGGUGAAACUCAUAUAUUAUAUAGAUGUAUUAAACACAGAGUGAUCUAUUUUAAAUGUUUAUUUCCUUUAUUAUUGAUGAUUAUCACUCACAACCAAUGAAAACCCAAAAAUCAGUGUCUCAGAAAAUUAGAAUAUUAAAUAAGACCAAUUGGUACUUUUUCAACUGAAUUACUAAAAUAAAGAAACUUUUCAAUUAUAAUUUUUUGAGAUGUUCCUGUAAACCUGUAAUACACAAGAUUAGGAGUCACUGUUAAUACCCACAAAUUUAAAAUGCAAAAUUCAGCUUUUCUUAAAUUGAAUUUGAGUUUAAUAGAGAGAUAUUUUUGAUUUUGGAGAACGAGAAGCACCGAGGGAAGCGUGCAGACCUGAUGAUAUUUCAGAUUGUUGAGGCUAAUAGAGGUUAAUGGGAGUAAAACCCUCCACAUGUUUGGUUAAAAGUUCUGUGUUUCUUUUAGUUCUUUUGUUUUAUCUGGUUUUAAUUUUGAUAUUAAACACAGUGGUGGUGUUUCACUGUUUAAGGUGGGUUGGGAUUGUUCAGGCUGAUUUUGGGAGGAAUAUUAGAAGCACUCUAAAAUGAAAGGUGAACUGGCUUACUGCUAAUUUCCAUAAAUAUAUUGUUGCUGUCCAAUGAAACACAAGUAUCUCCAUUUUUGUCCAUUUUUAGGUUAUUACAUAAACUGUCCCUUAAGCUCUAUCCAGAUGGGAUUAGUUUCUCAGGGGGUUCUGGGUAAUUUUCUCUUUUAUGUUUUUUUUUUAUCCUCUGUGAUUUUAUUCCCGUCCAGAACGAUCAUGUAGGUGUUUUUAUUUCUCAGACGUCCUCUGAGAAAAUCACAGGCUGAAUUAUCUACUGUUUUUGAAAAUUCCCGCAUCCAGACUGCAAUUGUAAAAACAGGAGGAUCAGUGAAUUUUUAGGCUUUAGUUUUUCUUGGUCACAUGACAUCAAAGUGUUCAGUAGCUCCUCCAUUUCCACUCACUGUUGUGUUUUUAACGUGGAUCUCCGUGGAAACCGUGGCACGCCCAAAGUGUAAUUACGGUGCGCGGCAGUGGACAAAUAUCUAUUUUAUUAAAGGCGAGGAGACGAAACUCAGAGAUGUGCGUCCGGACAGGACUAAAAUUACCGGAGGAGCACGGAGUUCAGAGAAAAACAGUAGAUAAUUAUAACAUAAAAGAGAAAAAUCCACUGAGAAACUAAUUCCGUCCUGAUAGGGCACUGCGUCUAAAUUUUAUAAUGAAUGAACCAAUAGAAAUUCUUAAAAAUGACCAGAAAUUUACUCUUUUAAAAAAGUUUUUUUAUCUCCUGUAAAGUUGCUUUUUUGGAGAUACCUGUUUUUCAAUGGGUGGCAAUGAUAUCAUAAAUACUUUUGAUUAUUCCUUGUUUCUUUUUUGAACACGACUACCAAUGGUUUUCUUGUGUUAUAAUUAUGGUAAUUUGCUAAAUUUCUCAAAACAUUCUGAUAAAACAUAUUUUUGUUAGUGUCCAGAUUUUUUUUUUCAAAACUUAUGAAAAUGAGGUGAAAUCACAUUAGAAUUGAUUGAAGGAUGCAGGUAUUGUAAUAACACUAUCUUUUUUAUUUCUAACAAAAAAUGUAAAAAAAGAAAGAUUUAACAUUUAAACUGGUGUGAUUUUAGUUUUAAGAUUUAUAUAUUUUGGAAAUACGUUUGUGAAACGAUGCUCUUGAUUGUUAAGGUCAGGGAUUAUUGAGAAGCCAUCUUUAUACCAGUUCAAGACGUUAAUUUAAGAAUGUGAAUGUUCCUAAAGUUGAUUAUUUCUAAUAAUUAUUCUUUCUUUUAUGUUUUUUUUGAGCUGAUAUUUGACGUAUACUUUUUCAGAUUAUAUGUUAAAGCUAAUUUUUUUGUAAGGUUCUAAUUAUGUUUAAUGUUUGUAUCGUUUGCGUCUUUAUUUCUCUCUCUUACAGCUACACUUACAGCGAGCCUUUAAUGGGAUUAUAUAUAGAAUUAGUUUCUCUUAACCAGGUAAAUGAAUGCUGUACAUUUAAACUAACGAUUACAGUAUGUAGCUUUACUUACGUUAAUAUGUUUAUUCACUGUUUAUUUGAUUAUUGUGUCUUAUCACUGCCAGCGAGCUGCAGAAAACCCAGAGUUUCUGAGGGGAUUUGCAGCAUCUUCAGUAAAAUAAGAGGAAAAAUUAUUAUUUUACAAAGUUUGUUUUUUGUUCCACAGGAAGCGUUCUCUAGGAUUCUCCACUGUGUAAUCCUAGACCUGAAAUAAACACUGUUUUUUAUUAAAGAUUAAA